AUGAUCGGUAAAUUAACGGAUCAACAUGUUAAAGAUAUAAGGAAUGUUAAGACUUUUUUGUACUACACACUUUUUACCUCAGCUUAUUCCUAUCUAUCUAUCUAUCUAUCUAUCUAUCUAUCUAUCUAUCUAUCUAUCUAUCUAUCUAUCUAUCUCCUGUUACCAUUUAUCUAUCUGUUCAUAUCUAUCUAUCUAUCUAUCUAUCUAUCUAUCUAUCUAUCUAUCUAUCUCAUUCUGUUGAUAUUUAUCUCAAUCUUCUCACUUCUAUCUAUCUAUCUAUCUAUCUAUCUAUCUAUCUAUCUAUCUAUCUAUCUAUCUAUCUAUCUUACUUUUUAUAUUUUAGUCUGUUCAUAUCUAUGUUUCUAUCUAUCUCAAUCUUCUCACUUCUAUCUAUCUAUCUAUCUAUCUAUUUAUCUAUCUAUCUCACUUUUUAUAUUUUACCUUCUCAUAUCUAUCUAUCUAUCUAUCUAUCUAUCUAUCUAUCUCAUUCUGUCGAUAUUUAUCUAUCUCAUUCGGUUCAUAUCUAUUUAUCUAUCUUUCUAUCUAUAUGUCUGUCUGCCUCACUUUUCAUAUGUUAGUCUGUUCAUAUCUAUGUUUCUAUCUAUCUCAUCCUUCUCAUAUCUAUCUAUCUAUCUAUCUAUCUAUCUCACUUUUCAUACUUUAGUCUGUUCAUAUCUAUUUAUUUUUUUAUCCCAACCUCCUAAUUAUCUAUCUAUCUAUCUAUCUAUCUAUCUAUCUAUCUAUCUAUCUCAGUCUGCUUGCGUCUAUCUCAAUGUUCCUUUCGAAUUCCCUAUCUGUUGA